GCACAAAUUAAAAUAUUAAGUGUUUAGCUCUCCCCCCACCCCACUUCCCAUCCUAAACUUUCAAAUUGACUUUUGUGGAAUUUUUAAUCGCGCUCAUUUUAAAAAAAAUUUGAAGCGACUUUUAGUCCAUAAAGUCAAUAAGUUCGAUCCAGGAAUUGGAGAAAGAUUUACCAAAAUCAAAAAUAAAAUAAAAAAUUCUUACAAGAGUGUAGUCUUGUAUUGUAAAUCAAGUAAGUGCAUAAUCUAAAAUACUAAACCGAAAUCAUAUACAUGAGAACAUAUUUAACAUAUAAAAACAUUUGAAUCCUGAAAUUCCGUUAUGGUUAGCGGUGUUUGAUGUCGGAUCCAUUCCUGUAAAAUAACUCUCUAAACAAACUAACCAUCCUUCUAUUUCCGAGCCCAUUUGUUUUAGGGUAAGUCGGCCAGACGCAUUCUUAAUACGCAAGUUUACCGUUAAGUAUAGCAAAACGAGAUCCCGUUGUGAGGCUAAACCAUGAUCACGAUAUCCCGUUGGGGGGGGGGGGGCAAAACCAUGAUCACGAUAUCCCGUUUGGGGGGGGGGGCUAAACCAUGUUCACGAGAUCCCGUUGGGGGGGGGCCUAAACCAUGUUCACGAGAUGCCGUUGGGGGGGGGGCUAAACCAUGUUCACGAGAUCCCGUUGGGGGGGGGCCUAAACCAUGUUCACGAGAUGCCGGGGGGGGGGGGCCUAAACCAUGUUCACGAGACCCCAUUUGGGGGGGGGGGCCUAAACCAUGUUCACGAGAUCUCGUUGUAGAACUGGCAUUAACGAAUUAACUUUACCAUGGAGGGCAUUACGUGUGUAAUUGCCAUGUGAUAUAGUUAAGGCGUGCACGACAUAGGGCCCACGGGCCUUAAAUUUUGAGCUGUGCAGGUCUGAUCUGUGUGAUUGCUUUCGAAGAAGACACUCCCGUUUUAUUGGUGAGGCCGGAAUAAGAGUAUCUGGAUUCAGAGAUCAUCUUUGUGAUAUUUCACAAAACGAGCCCUCUCUGUCUCAUCCUAUUGCCGCGCAUUUGAACACAAUUGAACUUCAACCAUAUCCAUCGCGGCAUUGAUUUGUUUACACCAUGCGUCAAUAAGCGUGCAGAAUAAAAACACAUUAAUUCAGAUGUUCAAGACCAUACUUCAAUAUGAACCAAUCAAAUGCUCAUCUAAGGAGCAAGUGCUCAUAUUCUCUCCAUUUAGUGCUCAUAUUCUCUCCAUUUAGUGCUCAUAUUCUCUCCAUUUAGUGCUCAUAUUCUCUCCAUUUAGUGCUCAUAUUCUCUCCAUUUAGUGCUCAUAUUCUCUCCAUUUAGUGCUCAUAUUCUAUCCAUUUAGUGCUCAUAUUCUCUCCAUUUAGUGCUCAUAUUCUCUCCAUUUCUACUUUCUUUUUUAUUGUCAUUUUUCUAACAAAAUUUUGAAGCGUUAACAUCUCGUAUCUACUACACAUGAAUUAUAUGACGUCAUGGCACCUCUGUGGUAACACGUACGUAUUGGAGUUGGACAAAUUCCUGUCACUAUUAUUUUAUUGCAGCCAAUAGCUAGCUAAAUUCUUUUGUUUUUCUAUUAUAUUAUUGCAGCCAAUAGCUAGCUAAAUUCUUUUGUUUUGUCUAUUAUAGUAUUGCAGCCAAUAGCUAGCUAAAUUCUUUUGUUUUGUCUAUUAUAGUAUUGCAGCCAAUAGCUAGCUAAAUUCUUUUGUUUUUCAAUGAUGUUAUUGCAGCCAAUAGCUAGCUAAAUUCUUUUGUUUUGUCUAUGAUGUUAUUGCAGCCAAUAGCUAGCUAAAUUCUUUUGUUUUGUCUAUGAUGUUAUUGCAGCCAAUAGCUAGCUAAAUUCUUUUGUUUUUCUAUGAUGUUAUUGCAGCCAAUAGCUAGCUAAAUUCUUUUGUUUUUCUGUUAUGUUAUUGCAGCCAAUAGCUAGCUAAAUUCUUUUGUUUUGUCUAUGAUGUUAUUGCAGCCAAUAGCUAGCUAAAUUCUUUUGUUUUUCUAUAUGAUGUUAUUGCAGCCAAUAGCUAGCUAAAUUCUUUUGUUUUUCUAUUACGUUAUUGCAGCCAAUAGCUAGCUAAAUUAUUUUGUUUUUCUAUUAUGUUAUUGCAGCCAAUAGCUAGCUAAAUUCUUUUGUUUUUCUAUAUGAUGUUAUUGCAGCAAAUAGCUAGCUAAAUUCUUUUGUUUUUCUAUUAUGUUAUUGCAGCCAAUAGCUAGCUAAAUUCUUUUGUUUUUCUAUUAUGUUAUUGCAGCCAAUAGCUAGCUAAAUUCUUUUAUUUUUCUUAUACCCUUGUGGGGGUUUUUUGUUGUUGUUUUUCUGAUGGGAGAGGCUUCCUGCCGAAACGUUUAUUUCAGUGGACUAUUUUCCCCUUCAUUCUUUCACAUAUCCUGUUCCACUAUUUCCUACGCACUGCUUGUGUCUAGUAUCUUAUAUAGCAUAAUGUAUUUCUUACACACUGCUCGAAUCCAGUACCGUAUGUAUAAUAUUGUAUUUCCUACUAGGAAAAUGGCGUUUUGUGGCAACCACUUUAAACCUGUGUAUCAGUCUGACAACGUGCCAGCCAGUGGGAUGACACUAUAUGAACCCCCAUUCAGUGUUCCUGUCUGCUACGCCUGGGAUGCUAAUUCGAUAGAUAACUGGCUAGUUGACACCGGCUACGGCAGGCAAGUUUCAUAAAUAGUUUAUACUCGGCAGUUCUGUGCUGAAUAUGUUUGGCAGGUCUGUGCUGGAUAUGUUUGGCAGGUCUGUGGUGCAUAUGUUUGGCAGGCCUGUGGUGGAUAUGUUUGGCAGGUCUGUGGUGCAUAUGUUUGGCAGGUCUGUUUUGCAUAUGUUUGGCAGGCCUGUGCUGGAUAUGUUUGGCAGGUCUGUGGUGCAUAUGUUUGGCAGGUCUGUGCUGGAUAUGUUUGGCAGGUCUGUGCUGGAUAUGUUUGGCAGGCCUGUGAUGAAUAUGUUUGGCAGGCCUGUGGUGGAUAUGUUUGGCAGGUCUGUGCUGGAUAUGUUUGGCAGGCCUGUGGUGGAUAUGUUUGGCAGGUCUGUGCUGGAUAUGUUUGGCAGGCCUGUGGUGGAUAUGUUUGGCCGGCCUGUGGUGGAUAUGUUUGGCAGGCCUAUGGUGGAUAUUUUUGGCAGGCCUGUGGUGGAUAUGUUUGGCAGGCCUGUGGUGGAUAUGUUUGGCAGGCCUGUGGUGGAUAUGUUUGGCAGGCCUGUGCUGGAUAUGUUUGGCAGGUCUGUGCUGGAUAUGUUUGGCAGGCCUGUGGUGGAUAUGUUUGGCAGGCCUGUGGUCGAUAUGUUUGGCAGGCCUGUGGUGGAUAUGUUUGGCAGGCCUGUGGUCGAUAUGUUUGGCAGGCCUAUGCUGAAUAUGUUUGGCAGGCCUGUGGUGCAUAUGUUUGGCAGGCCUGUGGUGGAUAUGUUUGGCAGGCCUGUGCUGAAUAUGUUUGGCAGGUCUGUGGUGGAUAUGUUUGGAAGACCUGUAGGGGAUAUGUUUGGAAGGCCUGUGGUGGAUAUGUUUGGAAGGCAUGUGCUGAAUAUGUUUGGCAGGUCUGUGGUUGAUAUGUUUGGAAGACCUGUAGUGGAUAUGUUUGGAAGGCCUGUGGUGGAUAAGUUUGGACGGCCUGUGGUGGAUAUGUUUGGAAGGCAUGUGCUGGAUAUGUUUGGAAGGCCUGUUGUGGAUAUGUUUGGCAGGCAUAUGCUGGAUUAUGCUAGGUAUGUCUGUAACACCCAUGACAUUUAUAAAGGUAUAGAGGAAGAUUACGUUACUUGCAUAUUAUUAUUCUUUAGUUAAAUUUAGUUAAAUGUCCAGAUACAGGUUUCAACAAAUUUCCAGUUAUUACUAAGUAUUAAUAAAUGUCCACUGACCUUGAUUUGUGUGAGACACUUGCCUUGGACCGUGCAAGCUGGUGUGGCGGACUCACUGUCGGAGAAAAAUCAUCAGAGAAUAUGCGCACCGCUCACUCUCAAAGAAAGCGCAUGACAUUGAAAAAGCAAAAUUAACUAAAAAUCCAUACAGGGUCCAAAACAACGUGUUUCCCACUUGCGGGAAAGCUUUCCAGACACAAAUAGGACUGGCAUGUCACCUGCCUACUCACUGUGUAAUAUUACCUUAAUCUUCCUCGAAUGCGAAAGACGAAAAAGAACAUAAAUGUCUAGUAAUGAUCAAGUAUCAUUUUCUGUUCUAGGUAAUGAUCAAGUAUCAUUGAAUGUCCAUGUAAUGAUCAAGUAUCAUUUCUGUUCUAGGUAAUGAUCAAGUAUCAUUGAAUGUCCAUGUAAUGAUCAAUUAUCAUUGAAUGUGCAUGUAAUGAUCAAGUAUCAUUGAAUGUCCAUGUAAUGAUCAAGUAUCAUUGAAUGUCCAUGUAAUGAUCAAGUAUCAUUGAAUGUCCAUGUAAUGAUCAAGUAUCAUUGAAUGGCCAUGUAAUGAUCAAGUAUCAUUUGAAUGUCCAUGUAAUGAUCAAGUAUCAUUGAAUGGCCAGGUAUCGGCCAAUCUUCAGACAGCAGAACAUCAACGGUGUAAGUCUUCUGUCAUUGCGUCCUGACGACCUGAGGAAGUGGGGAGUCAUAGACGCAGAUGAUGCACACGGCAUUCUGAGAAAUAUUGCCAGACUUCGUCAAACAUCACGUCACAUGGAGCCGCAUGAACUUCCGGGUGUCACAUAUACAUAUUAUAGGUCAGUCACAUAAUCUUAUGAACUGUCACGCAAUAGAUGUGUGCCUAUAUUACAGGUCAGUCACGUGAUCUUAUGAACUGUCACGGCAAUAGAUGUGUGCCUACAUUACAGGUCAGUCACGUGAUCUUAUGACCUGUCAGGCAAUAGCUGUGUGCCUACAUUACAGGUCAGUUGGCGGGGUCUGAAUACACACGUCAUAAAAGGUUAGUGAUCCCAUUGAUCUUACUAAGAUUUGAUCUUACCACAGGGUAUACCCUGAAAAGCUACACUAAGAUUUGAUCUGACCAUAGGGUAUACCCUGGAUAGCAACACUAAGAUUUGAUUUUACCAUAGGGUAUAUUCUGGAUAGAGACAUUAAGAUUUGAUAUUACCUCCUGCUGUGUCUCAUAUUAACUCUAAUCACAGAUAAUGUCUCAAUUAACUUCAAAAUCAUGUAGAUAAUGUUUUUUUAUUACAUCAUCCUGUAGAUAAUGACUUCGAUUGCAUCAUCCCGUAGAUAAUGUCUGUGAAUACAACAUCCUGUAGAUAAUGUCUUUGAUUACAACAUCCUGUGGAUAAUGUCUUUGAUUACAACAUACUGUAGAUAAUAUCUUCGAUUACAACAUCUUGUAGAUAAUGUCUUUGAUUAAAACAUCCUGUAGAUAAUGACUUCGAUUACAUCAUCCUGUAGAUACUGACUUUGAUUACAUCAUCCUGUAGAUAAUGACUUCGAUUACAUCAUUCUGUAGAUAAUAUCUUCGAUUACAACAUCCUGAAGAUAAUGACUUCGAUUACAUCAUUCUGUAGAUAAUAUCUUCGAUUUCAACAUCCUGUAGAUAAUGACUUCGAUUACAUCAUUAUGUAGAUAAUAUAUUCGAUUACAACAUCCUGUAGAUAAUGACUUCGAUUACAUCAUCCUGUAGAUAAUGACUUCGAUUACAUCAUCAUGUAGAUAAUGACUUCGAUUACACCCUCCUGUAGAUAAUGACUUCGAUUACAUCAUCCUGUAGAUAAUGACUUCGAUUACAUCAUCCUGUAGAUAAUGACUUCGAUUACAUCAUCCUGUAGAUAAUGACUUCGAUUACAUCAUCCUGUAGAUACUGUCUCAAUUAACUUGAAACAUCCUGUAGAUCAUGUUUCUUUCUUUAACUGCCAGGUCAUUGUAUUUCGGUGACCAGCCACCUGUGUCCACUCAGGACCAGAUGUCCUACUCUACAUGGUCAGUGCCCGACAAUGCCACCCUAAGGCGGAUCCAAAGUCUCUCAGGUGGUGACACCUAUGGGUGGUUUCAGAGAAAUAGGCCACAUCCAACAAUUUAACUUUUUCUGG